ACAUUUAUUAGGUAUGACUGAGGUAGGACUGCCUGAUUUUUCUCGCCAAAGAGAUCUAUUGUUUCGGGUGCGUAGAACUGUCAUGGAACUAUUGAAGGAUCGGGGCUACGUUGUCCCAGACUCAGACAUUGAAAUGACAAAAGAGCAGUUCCUACGAAAAUAUGGAGAAAUUAUCAAAAGGGAGGAUCUGGAUUUCUCUCGAUCCAAACACAACGAUCCCUUGGACAAGAUAUGCGUGUUUUUUGUUGAUGAAAAAAAUGGAAAAAAAGUUGGAAAAGAAAGAAUUAGAGAUUACAAAGGUCGCAUGAGCCAAGCAGGUGCAUCCAGGGCUAUAAUGAUUUUGUCUGGGGCACCAUCUCCAAUGGGAAAGAAAGAAAUGGAGGCGGACAGGCCUACAUGUCAUGUCGAGGUUUUUCUUGAUCAAGAACUGAUGUUCAAUAUAACAAAGCAUUUCCUUAUUCCAAAGCAUCAGGUUCUCUCUGCUAAUGAGGUGAAGAUUUUGAUGGAACGGUACCAUGUAAAGCUUUUUCAGCUUCCACGGAUUCAAGUUUAUGAUCCAGUAGCUAGAUACUUCGGCCUUAUUCCUGGACAGGUCCUGAGGAUCAGCCGGUCAAGUGAAACUGCUGGCAAAUAUGUUACUUACAGGGUUGCUGUAUAAAGCUAUAAGCUCAUGCCUACCCUAAUGAGGGCAUUUUCCUUAGAUGAUUAUAUGGAACUGUUACAUUUGGCCAAGCUAAAAACAAAAGGCAAGAGCCAUUCUUACA